CAAGGCAGAAAAGGAAAUACACCCCCUGUGGCUUACUCGAGCUUGUAAGAUUUUGUUUGUUUUAGUGAAUGGAACUGUCAAGCCAGGAUCCCUGCUGGCCAUCAUGGGCGCAAGUGGAGCUGGAAAGUCAACCCUCAUGAACGUAUUGGCGCAUCGUAACAUUGCCGACAUGCAGGUGUCCGGGACAGUCAUGGUCAAUGAGCGAAAAGUCGGACUGGACAUCAACACCAUCUCUGCCUACGUGCAGCAAGAGGACUUGUUCAUUGGCAAACUGACAGUCAGGGAGCACUUGGUAUUCCAGGCACUUCUUAGACUGGAUAAGGAUCUCUCUCUUCAAGAACGUCUUUACCGAGUGGAUCAGAUUAUCGGCGAGGUUGGACUUCGCCGAUGUGCCGAUACAAUGAUCGGGAUUCCAGGGCGCAUGCGUGGCAUCUCGGGUGGAGAGAAGAAGAGGUUGUCAUUCGCGUCAGAAGUUCUCACCGACCCGGCCAUACUGUUUGCUGAUGAGCCUACCUCUGGUUUAGACGCGUUCAUGGCCCAGACCGUUAUCACAACUUUGCAGAAGAUGGCUGCACAGGGUCGGACUGUAGUAUGUACCAUUCAUCAACCUUCUUCUGAGGUCUUCGCCAUGUUCGAUAGUUUGUUAUUGCUAGCGGAAGGACGCGUUGCCUUUCAUGGACCGACUUUCCAAGCCAUCACUGCAUUCUCUGAUCUUGGCUACUCGUGCCCUCCUAACUUUAACCCAGCCGAUUACUUUGUGCACACUUUGGCAAUUGUGCCUGGAGACGAGGAAAGGUGUCGAGCAAGAAUUAAGGAAAUUUGUGAUGAAUUCGAAGAGAAAAAGUCAUCAAAGAAAAGUCGAAGUGUGACUCCCAGUACAGAGGACUCCUUCCGAGAAGACCCUGAUGUGAUCCGUUCAUCACCGUAAGUAACGACAUGCCGUACAUCACCGUAAGUAACGACAUGCCGUACAUUACCGUAAGUAACGACAUGCCGUACAUCACCGUAAGUAACGACAUGCCGUACAUCACCGUAAGUAACGACAUGCCGUACAUCACCGUAAGUAACGACAUGCCGUACAUCACCGUAAGUAACGACAUGCCGUAACGACAUCACCUUCAGCAAAUAUGACCACAACAACAACAACAACAAUGCAACAACACACGACAACAACACAACGACAACAACACACGACAAAAA